UUCAGGGAAUUUUUUAGAGCCGCAUUUUAUUUAGAGGCGGUGCUUAGAGUAACGUAGUGUGACAUUUUCACAGCCUGUUUGCGAAAGGGGUUUUGGGGGAAGACAAAAAAUAGUUUUUUUCCCUCUCUCCGCGGCCCGCCAUCCUGGACUGUUAACACAACUAUUUGUUCUGGGAAUUUAUUUUUAUUUCUUUUGAGGACUUAUCCUUCCUCAGUUUUAUAUUUAAUUCGACCGACUGUUUCUCCAAAGGGGAAGAUAAAAGAAGGAAAGAUCUUUUGCAGUUUCUGCAACAUGAAUAAGCUGUAUAUUGGGAAUCUCACCGAGAACGUUACCACUGUAGACUUAGAAAGUCUCUUCAGAGAAUGGAAGAUUCCCUUCUCUGGACAAUUCCUCGUCAAAACUGGCUAUGCAUUUGUCGACUGCCCAGAUGAUAACUGUGCUAUGAAGGCUAUAGAUACCCUGUCAGGUAAAGUGGAGCUGCAUGGGAAAUCUAUUGAAGUGGAGCACUCCGUUCCUAAACGACAAAGAAGUCGGAAACUCCAGAUCAGGAAUAUUCCCCCUCACCUGCAGUGGGAGGUCUUGGAUGGUUUAUUAGCUCAGUACGGUUCAGUGGAGAGUUGUGAGCAAGUAAACACGGAGACAGAGACAGCAGUAGUGAAUGUUACAUAUUCUACCAAGGAACAUGCUAGACAGGCAAUUGAAAAACUUAAUGGCUACGUGCUGGAGGAUCAUUCGCUGAAAGUAACCUACAUUCCCGAUGAGAUGGCUGGUCAACAAAGUUCACAGCAGGCGCCUUCACAAUCUCGGCGUGGUUUUGGACAACGCGGUCCACCCCGGCAAGUGUCUCCCAGUGGGAUGGCUAGGCCAAAACAACAACAAUCUGAUGUUCCUUUGCGAAUUGUAGUUCCAACCCAGUUUGUUGGUGCCAUUAUUGGGAAGGAAGGAGCCACAAUCCGAAAUAUCACAAAACAAACGCAGUCAAAGAUUGACAUCCAUCGCAAAGACAACGCAGGUGCUGCUGAGAAACCAAUAAGUAUUCACUCAACACCCGAGGGGUGUUCUGCUGCUUGCAAGAUGAUCAUGGAAAUCAUGCAGAAAGAAGCUCAGGAUACCAAAUUCACAGAAGAAAUCCCUUUAAAAAUCUUAGCACACAACAACUUCGUGGGACGACUCAUUGGGAAAGAAGGAAGAAACCUUAAAAAAAUCGAGCAAGAUACGGACACUAAAAUCACCAUUUCCCCUUUACAGGACUUGACUCUGUACAACCCAGAGAGGACCAUCACAAUAAAAAGCAGCAUUGAAGCAUGUUCCAGAGCUGAAGAAGAAAUUAUGAAAAAAAUUAGGGAAUCGUAUGAAAAUGAUAUGACUGCUAUGAAUCUUCAAGCGCAUUUGAUCCCGGGUCUGAACCUGAAAGCCCUAGGGCUGUUCCCUCCAUCUUCACCUGUGUUGCCACCACCGUCUGUGCCACCUGCUGCGUAUCCUCCAUUUGGGCAACAGUCAGAAUCAGAGACCGUUCAUGUGUUCAUCCCUGCCCUGGCUGUAGGUGCAAUUAUUGGCAAGAAAGGACAACACAUCAAACAAUUGUCCCGUUAUGCAGCUGCCUCCAUUAAGAUCGCUCCUGCAGAAGGUCCUGAUGCGAAACAACGGAUGGUGAUUAUUACAGGGCAGCCUGAAGCUCAAUUUAAGGCGCAAGGAAGAAUCUAUAGUAAACUCAAAGAAGAGAACUUCUUCGGACCCAAAGAAGAGGUGAAAUUAGAGACCCAUAUUAAAGUGCCAUCCCAUGCUGCUGGUAGAGUUAUUGGGAAAGGAGGUAAAACGGUAAAUGAACUGCAGAAUCUGACAAGUGCAGAAGUGGUCGUUCCUCGGGAUCAAAUGCCAGAUGAAAAUGAUCAGGUCAUUGUGAAAAUAACUGGUCAUUUCUUUGCAAGUCAGCUUGCACAGCGAAAAAUUCAAGAAAUUUUGUCCCAAGUAAAAAGACAACAGCAGCAGAAACUUGCGCAGAGUGGACAGCCCCAACCACGGAGAAAGUGAACGGUUCAGGAUUUCCAACCUAGCACAGAGACAGAUGCCAGACCAAAGAGAGACAGACUGUGGAAUCACAGCCGGUUAAACCUGUUGCUGAUAAAAGAAGCAUAUGUUACACCUUCCCCAGUCACAUUUAUCAAGGACCAGGCGACCUAUGAAUUCUGUCUUUGUGUGAAUGUAUUCUCUAGGCGUUCAAGAAGAAACCUUAUGAAACCCAGCUUUAAAUAAGGCCCUUUCACUUCCCUUCUUUUGUUCUAAUUUCAAACCUUAAUAUUGCCUUGUUAGCUUUCCCAAAACGUUUGAAUCUGUUGGGUUUAAUGAAGCUUUCUCUUCUAAUUUUCAUCAUUUACAAAAAGGCAUUGCUCUUAUAGUUCCAAUCGUCUAAAAUCCUGGAGUUUUUGUGGGGGAGGGGGUUUAAGGGAAUUGGCAAGAUUAAGGCAUCUGUCCCACCAUGCAAAAUUGUUUUUUUUUAAAUUGGAUUAUUUUACAAAGAUUACUAGAACACUGCCAUUAGAACCUAAGGGAAGUGUUGAAUGGUGUUGGCCAGGGCAUGAAUUGAUUAUGCAUUUUACUAAACUACCUCAGGCAUUUAGUACCUCAAUUGUUCCUUUUUUCUGCUUAUUUUGUAUACUUUAUAAAAGUAAUAGUCAAGCAUUUUAUUUUUUUAAUAAAAAAGUAAAAUUUGAUCAGCUAAACGCCAGGAGCAGCACAGAAACCCUGAUGUCCAUGUGUUGCUUCUAGCUGCUGGCUGAUGGGAGUAUUUGAUAAAUGAUAUUAGCCUCAGUUUUCCUGAGGUCCACAACACCAUCAUUUGAUCAAAAUUCUGUGAAUGUUUGAGACGCCGAAUAAUGCCAAUAUAUACUAAUAGCAGCAAUGCCAUUUUUUUUUCUUUUUAAGAUAGGAUGAAACUGCUAAUUUCCUAUUUUUUGAUUGAUGGUACUUUUGGGAACAAAACAAGGAAGUGAUGGCAAGGGGUUGGGGAAAGAGUCUGAACAAUGGAUUAGCUUUUAGUAUAACUGGGUAAUUUUAAAUGCAUGGACCCUUGGUGCCUUUGACCAUCACUGCAUCUUGAUGCAUAUUAACACAGUCUACUUGGACUUGGCCAUUCUGUUCAAAGAGCAAGCUUCAUCUUCACUUACUGGUAGAACUGUUGGAUCUGCGUGGGUACACUUUGCUACAGUGCACUCUGAAUUUAUUGAACCACACAUUUAAAUCACCAUAAUGGGGAGAGAAAAAAAGUCAAAUAUUUGAUCAUUCUGAAGUUGUUAAAUGAUAGUUUACAUAUGCAGCUGCUGUAGUGGACUACACUAAGCCAUGGAGAAGAUCGGUUUCAACUCUUUCCUGUGCUUAAUCAAAAUACAGCAGGGUUUAUGCACAUUCUAUAAACACACAGUAUAGCAAUAAUAUGUUAAAGCCAGAAAAUACCUUGCUCACCCUCCCAGCAUGUAUAGUCUGAACAGAAUAAGCUAAAAUAACUUGUGGUAACAUUAAAAUGCUCCAGUCAGUUUCCUGAGCAAACCCAAUUUCCAUCUACCUCAGUGCUUUAAAUGAAGGCAGUGCAUAUUAAGUGCAUAAACACUGCUGUGUGUUUGUGUGGUCUGAGCAGAACCAUGCUAUUACCUCUGAACGUUUUUUUGUUUGAUUUAUUUUUGUGCAUGAGAUGAUCGGAAUCAUGCUGCACUGGAGUAGAGGGGCACAACUUGGCAAAACUAUUUACUUCACCAAUUUUUGAUCUACCUCUUAGAUACAUUUGAGUUAGAGGCAUUUCUGCAUAGGAUAGGUUAAUUGUUCCCAAAGAUCAUUUUUUUGUACAGAUUAGACAAUUUAAAAAAUGGUCUGGUGUGUUUUUUUUGCCUACAUAUAUUCAUUACUAAUGAAAAGUUCUGAAAAGUUAUGUUGUAGCUUUAGCAAAAUGGAUUAAUUCUCAUUCUUUUGGCAGAGUGACUUCUCCAUGUAGAGUUAGCAAGUGUUUUUCUUACAUAAAAUUACUGAACUACAGAAGGUCGUUUAAUAGCUUAAAUGAAUUGACAUGAGGCUGAAAGGUCAGAGCCCAAUUGUGUUGUUUUUCUUGCAAGUAAUGUUUGAUAAAUUGAUUUUACAUGGUUUUGUUUCAUGCUGCAUUUACAUUGCCUGAUCUGCUGCUGAUGUAUCAUUAAUUUUCUGGAUUAUUGUGAGAUUGUUACUAGGAUAGAUCACAUUAAUUUUCACUUUCAAAUAAAUGACACUUGGUAAUUUUGGAUUAACUGGCAUUUAGUUGACAAUAGUUCUGUAAGUGGAAGUGAUACCAGCAAAAAUUAAUUUGGCUCACUUUUUGUUCAUCUGAAUACUGUGCCCCCAAUGCAGCCCCACUUGUCAAAUGCCUCAGUAUGAAAUAAAAGAA